CCACACGGACCUAUUUCACCGAAAGCACCCAGAUGUCAUCAUUUGAUGCUAGCUGUUAGCUUCCUGAACAUAACCUCUGUCAAAAUAUCCCACGUGUAAUUGAACUUCUGCCACCGCCGCUUAUCUGAGAGGGUGUUUGCCUCUCUGAGGAGGUGUCCAGCUGCCUGUGAGCUGACCCUGAAGCCGCGGUAUCACCCGCUGCUCCGUGCUGAUCGUUAGCACAGUGCUAACAACAGUGACAGCCAGCAACUUACAUGCGUCUGCCCGCUGCUGUCCUUUCAAGUGGCAGCGGAUCAUCAGGAAUCACUGACAGCCAUCCCUAGCAGACAUCAUGGAGCUGCAGGCGGUGUUGAUGGCAGCUGGUGGGGGCUCUCGUAUGACUGAUCUGACAUACAACACCCCCAAAGCAAUGCUGCCUGUCGGCAACAAGCCCCUCAUGUGGUACCCGCUGAACCUGCUGGAGAGGGUGGGCUUUGAAGAGGUGAUAGUGAUCACCACCAAAGAGGUCCAGAAGAUGAUGAGCACAGACCCUAAAAUGAAGUUGGACGUGAAGAUGAAACUGGAUGUGGUUUGUAUCCAGGAAGAUGGAGACAUGGGCACCGCAGACGCUCUCAGACACAUCCAGCAGAAGAUCAAGACGGACAUCCUGGUGGUGAGUUGUGACCUGAUAACGGACGUGGCACUUCAUGAAGUGGUUGACCUGUUUAGAGCCCACAAUGCAACACUGGCCAUGCUAAUGAGCAAAGCCCAUGAAUUCACAGAGACAGUCCCGGGCCAGAAGGGCAAGAAAAAGACAGGUGAGCAGAGAGACUUUGUGGGAGUGGAUCAGUCAGGGAAGAGGCUGCUGUUCAUGGCCAAUGAGGCCGAUCUGGAGGACGGGCUAUCAAUUAGAAAAUCUAUCAUGAGGAAACAUCCGAGGAUGCACAUCAAAACUGGCCUCGUGGACGCUCACCUUUACUGUCUGAAAAAAGCAGUGGUGGACUUUCUCGCUGACAACAAGUCCAUCUCAUCAAUCCGGGGUGAGUUGGUACCGUAUUUGGUGCGGAAGCAGUUUUCCAAAACAAUCAGUCAGAAAGGCAAAGAUGACACAGAGGAUCAGAACCAGAUCAAGAAUGACGGCUCUACAAACCACGAGCUCCUCAUCUCAUCAAGAGACGAGCCUCUCCUCAAGCUGGCCCAGGAGCGCUCUUGUUGGAAUGACCACCGUGGGGACAUGAGUGAGGCUUACCACGGAGGAAAACUCCGCUGCUACGUUCACAUUAUGGACGAGGGCCUUUGCUACCGCGUCAACACUUUAGCUGCUUACAUAGAAGCGAACCGACUGGCCCCAAAGCUGUUUGAAGAGCCAGCAGUCCACCCAUCGGCUGUCAUUUCUGAAAGAUGUCAGAUGGGAUCAGACAGUAUCAUCGGAGCACUGUGCCAGGUAGCAGAUAAGACUUCCAUAAAGCGGUCCACCAUUGGAAGCUCCACCACUGUCAAAGAGAAGGUCAAAGUCACCAACUCUAUCAUCAUGCACGGGGUUACCAUCGAGGAGGGAUGUAACAUCCAGGGCAGCGUGAUCUGCAGUAAUGCUGUCAUUGCGGGUGCGGACCUCAAAUACUGUCUGGUGGGAACGACAACGAUCGAACAAGAGGCUGAGAGGACUAACGAGGUCAUCGUUGGAACGGACCAGCUGAUGGAGAUCUAGCUCCUAUGGGGAAGGAGUGGCAUCCCCUUAUUAACCAGUCAGAGCAGAAAAAUGCAGAUGACAACUAAUUCACUGGCUGACUGACCAAUCAGAAGCCUAGACGCUGCUUGGCGGUUCUACACUCUCUUCUCAUAAGCUUUUUUUGUACAUUGUGUCCAAAUAAAGACAAGUGCUUCAACCUA